AAUUAUGAGCACUCAAAUUCAACAUCUUAUAGUUUAAAAUGGCACACUCUUCAGAGUCGCACUUCAAAUGUUCCCUCUUUGAAGCUCCAUUCCCAAAAGUCUAUCCUCCCGUCAACCCCAAGACAUGUCGUCAUUGACAAACCGGGAAAACCAUCUCCGCCUCUAUCUCCUCUUUGUCCUCUGCCUUCUCUCCAACACAAAAGCCGCCGCGGUGGACGAGCUUCAAAUUCUCUUGAAACUCAAAUCCACAUUCCAAAACUCAAACACCAACAGCAGCAUAUUCAGCACAUGGAACUCCUCCAAUCCCCUGUGCAGUUUCAGCGGAAUUGUCUGCAAUGAAAAGAAUUCAGUUCGAGAAAUCGAGCUUUCGAAUGGGAACCUUUCUGGGUUUCUUGCGCUGGACGAAAUAUGCCAGCUCCAAUCCUUGGAAAAACUAGCUUUGGGAUUCAACUCUUUGAAUGGCACGAUCAAGGAGGACUUGAACAACUGCACAAAAUUGAAGUACUUGGAUUUGGGAAACAAUUUGUUCACAGGAUCGUUCCCUGAGAUAUCAUCCUUGUCCGAAUUACAACAUCUUCAUCUGAACCACAGCGGAAUUUCGGGUACUUUUCCAUGGAAAUCAUUGAACAACAUGACGGGUCUGAUUCGGUUGAGCUUGGGAGACAACACUUUUGAUCAAAGCUCCUUCCCAAGCGAAAUCUUCAACCUCAAGAAUCUCACCUGGCUUUACUUGGCAAAUUGUAGCCUCCGAGGAUCAAUUCCGAAGAGUAUCGGAAACCUCACAGAGCUCAUCAACUUGGAGUUAUCUGAUAACAACAUGGUGGGAGAAAUUCCGUCCGAGAUUGGCAAGCUCACCAAGCUCUGGCAGCUGGAGCUAUACCGCAACCAAUUGAACGGAACGCUUCCUUUCGGGCUAAGAAACCUCAUAAACCUCGAGAAUUUUGAUGCCUCGGAGAACUUACUCGAAGGCGAUUUGUCAGAGCUGGGAUUCUUGAAGAACGUAGUUUCUUUGCAACUGUAUAAUAACGGCUUAUCUGGAGAAGUGCCAGCUGAGUUCGGCGAGUUCAAGAAGCUUGUGAACCUGUCUUUGUACACAAACAAGCUGACAGGUACUUUGCCUCAGAAACUAGGCUCCUGGUCUAAAGUUGACUUCAUCGAUGUUUCUGAGAAUUUCUUGACGGGAACUAUUCCACCUGAUAUGUGCAAGAUGGGGACGAUGAGGGGCCUUUUAUUCCUGCAGAACAAGUUCACAGGCGAAAUUCCUCAAAAUUACGCCAAGUGUUCGACAUUGAAGAGGUUCAGAGUCAACAACAACUCGCUCUCUGGUGUUGUUCCUGCUGGGAUUUGGGGCUUGCCGAAUGCGGAAAUCAUUGACCUUACUUCGAAUCAGUUUGAAGGUAUGAUUACUUCUGAUAUCAAAAGCGCUAAGAUGCUUGCACAGUUGUUCGUCAGUUACAAUCGAUUAUCUGGAGAAUUGCCGGAUGAGAUUUCCGAAGCAACAUCUUUGGUGUCCAUUGUUUUGAAUAACAAUCGGUUUUCGGGUAAAAUUCCGGGGACUAUUGGAGAUAUGAAGCAUCUGGGUACUCUGUACUUGCAGAACAACAUGUUCUCUGCUUCAAUACCAAAAUCUUUAGGAAGCUGUCUUUUCCUGAGUGACUUGAACAUAGCCAACAACUUGCUUUCUGGAAACCUCCCAUCAUCUUUAGGCUCUCUUCCAACCUUGAACUCUCUGAAUUUAUCACAAAACCAACUUUCUGGUCAAAUCCCAGAAAGCUUAGCAUCUUUAAGGUUGAGCAUUCUUGAUCUAUCCCAGAACAGACUCACCGGUGCCAUACCAGACACUCUGUCGAUUGCAGCCUACAACGGUAGCUUUUCUGGUAACCCGGGUCUCUGCAGUAUGAACAUCAACUCCUUCCCGCGGUGUUCAUCUAGUUCGGGCAUGUCCAAGGAUGUCCGCACAUUGAUUAUUUGCUUCUCAGUAGGCUCAGCAAUCUUGCUUGUGUCCCUCACAUGCUUCUUGUUCUUAAAGAAGAGCGAAAAGGAUGACGACCGUUCAUUAAAGGAAGAAUCUUGGGACCUAAAGUCAUUCCAUGUGUUGAGCUUCACUGAGGGUGAGAUUCUUGAUUCCAUUACGCAAGAGAAUCUAAUUGGAAAAGGGGGUUCCGGAAAUGUUUACAGAGUUGUACUUGCUAAUGGUAAGGAACUCGCUGUAAAACACAUAUGGAACACCGAUCCAAGUGGCAAGAAAAAGUUCAAGAGCACAACUCCAAUGCUCGUUAAACGUGGUGGAAAGUCGAAAGAAUAUGAUGCUGAGGUGGAGACCUUGAGCUCAAUUAGGCAUGUGAACGUGGUGAAGCUGUAUUGCAGCAUUACAAGUGAGGACUCAAGCUUGUUGGUGUAUGAGUACAUGCCGAAUGGAAGCUUGUGGGAUCGGCUUCAUAUGUGCCAAAAGAUGAAGCUUGAUUGGGAGACAAGGUAUGAGAUAGCAGUGGGAGCAGCCAAAGGGUUGGAGUAUCUGCAUCAUGGCUUGGAGAGGCUGGUGAUGCACAGAGAUGUCAAGUCUAGUAACAUUUUAUUAGAUGAGUUUUUGAAGCCUAGGAUUGCUGAUUUUGGGCUUGCCAAGAUUGUUCAGGCCAGUGCAGGCAAGGACUCGACCCAUGUGGUUGCUGGAACACAUGGCUACAUUGCUCCUGAAUAUGGAUACACCUACAAAGUGAAUGAGAAGAGUGAUGUGUAUAGCUUCGGAGUGGUGUUAAUGGAGCUAGUGACAGGGAAAAGGCCGAUUGAGCCAGAGUUUGGGGAGAACAAGGACAUAGUGAGCUGGGUAUGCAGCAUGCUCAAGAGUAGAGAGAGCAUAUUAAGUAUGGUGGACUCAUAUCUUCCAGAGGCCUACAAGGAAGAGGCUAUCAAGGUGUUGAGAAUUGCAAUUCUAUGCACAGCUAGGCUUCCUGAGCUAAGGCCUUCCAUGAGAAGUGUGGUUCAAAUGCUUGAGGAGGCUCAUGAGACAUUUAAAUUGAUGGGAAUUGUUAUCAGCAAAGAUGGCACUGCUUAUAAUAAGAAAAUGGAAGUACUGAAGGGUACAGAGAAGUGAAAUUAAUCAAGAAUCAGACUUCGAAAAUCGGUCAAAGCACCUUGAUUAUCUCCACGUAACCUAAAGCUUAACAUGGAAUUAUUGUGUAAUAUAUGAAAGCUGAGAUUGCUUGUAACAUAUAAGCCAGAGCCUGCAGAUCAUUAUAUUUACAUAUAUAUAUGUUUGUAAGUUUGUGGAUGUAAAAUAGUUGCUGGCAGGGCUCCAUUUUGUACCCUAUGUAGAAUAUAUCUACUAGUUAGUCCUUAGCUCCCUUCAGGGGUUGAGUUUCAUUGAAAGGAGAUCUACUGUUUAUUUUAGUUUCUCU